GUCGCGUCAGUUCAGUCGUGUCUACGGCGUCACACGAAACGCACGCGCGGCAAAACUUCGAACCGGCCGGCUCCCGAAUAAUGUUUCAGUGUUUGACAAACUCAAUCGGAGGUCUCGGAAGAAGCGUAUUUAAUAAUUUACACUGUAUAACCGAUCGCAUAUUCUUAGUGAGUGUUACGCAGUGUGUACGGAAAAAACUUUAUCGGAGAUUCUGAAGAAUCUUGUGUAAAAUUGUGUAAUUCGCCGGCUGCGGCCGGAUUUUGCACAAACUUUUUGACGGUGUGCGUAGAAUCCACCGCGCGCAUCGUCCCUGUGAUAAUAGGGUCCUGUGAUAUCGACAAGUUCGUAUUAGCUUUAAAACUAGUUAGUCUUUAGUUAUAUGUACAUAUAAAAUGGCGGUGCCAAUGGACGCUCCGAUUCUUCAAUUCGACACAUGGGAAACAAUGGACGAGAUGACUAUGGAGUACGCACAAACUUCCGAGUUUUGGACUCAGAUACAAUACGAAGCAGAAAUGGAUUUAGAACGACCUGUCAAUUAUCCUGAAAUGCAAUCAGACAAUGAACCAGACUGGAGAAUAACAGAAUCAUCAGAAGACACACACAAAGAAAAUAUUGUACACCAUGAUUGCAUGUGGGCUGGCUCGUGCAUUGAUUCUGGUCAUCCUGGCAAUACAUUUGUGCCAACUGAUCAAACAAUUGCCGCACCUGGGCAAAGCUUACUGCGACGACGGGAGGCAUCGCCCCCCAGGCCUGAGACUCCACCAUCUUUAGACGGCGAUGAGCCACCACAGUUCCGGCAUGCAGUAGACGUAGCGGGUACAGCGCUCAGAUUGUUGAGAGACUCUGCUGUAGUUGUUGCAGCCGAUCAUUCGUAUACAGCGGCAAGACAAAACUUCGACAACUUGGGAGUCCAGACACCAUCUGACUCGUGUGAAUCAGACGAGGAAAUAGACGUGGUCGGAUUAACGCAGCAGCCUUUGGCGGGUGCUGCGCAUAUGCGCACCGAUUCAUUGCCACGCGCGCCAUCCGCCCAGGAACGGCAAAUGUUCCAAAAAACGGUGGCGAGCGCAAUCACGCCUCGAUCUCCACGACCGGUCGCAAGGAAACGUUUGAUACCACCAGCCAGUAUAGCAUCAUCAUCAGGUCCACGCCGGCGCAGAGGGCCCGGUCGCCGCGGACGCCGCUCCAACACAGACACUGACUCAGAGGGCGAAACACCAGAGAUCGAACGUCGUUCGAUACACAACGAUAUGGAACGUCUACGACGAAUCGGCCUCAAAAAUCUCUUUGAUGAACUCAAAAAACAGAUACCGGCAACGAGAGAUAAAGAGCGAGCACCUAAAGUGGUAAUACUGCGCGAGGCCGCCUCACUUUGUCGUAGACUCCGGGAUGAAGAGAUACAAAGAGACUCCCUCAAGAAGCAGCAGACUAAAUUAUUGACGAAACUGAAAAAGCUUCGUGCGAUGACAGCUCGCUAUCGCGCGUACUGAGCGCCAGGAUCCACAUAGUAUGGUUAGCGCUUUGUUCCUUAUCAGGAAAUCCAUGGGUCUACUCAACGUGACACUUAUUCAUUGGUAACUUGGAUGUAAGUUGCUUCACA